GUCACCUCUCUCUCUCUCUCUGUCUGCCUCUCUCGUUCAGCUACCUAGGCACCUCUUCACCUUCUCCCUCUUUUUUCCUGCUUUCUUUUUUUUUUUUCUUUUUUUUGUUGUUGUUGCUGUUGUUUGUUCCACUACCUCCCAUAUCAUCCACCCCUUUGUCUGCACGUCACUUCGUCUGCGGCUUGGACGUUCCUCCAUUCGCCCUUCGCCCUGUGACCUCGAACAACUACCUGGCUUCGCUGUCAGCAGGCCUUGUCCUUCCCACUACCAAUCCUGACCUCUCGCUCCCGCAACCUACCCUUGGCCGACACUGGUUCCCCAUACCUCACCCUCUGAUCGUUCCUUGCGAUCUUCGACGAUGGCCUACCAGGGCGGCGGCGGUAACUCGCCAGGAGGUUACGGCGACCAUCGCCUCCAGGAUAUGCCUCCAAAUGGAAGCCAAUACCACCUGCCGCAAGAUGAUGAUGCUUCGCGCUCUUUGCUGAAUCAAGGACCCUACGGUGGUCCCUUCGACGAUCCCCAUCAGCGGACCGCCUCCCCUGCCAGACCAGCUUCGAGAUACAGCUUGACCGAGUCUUACGCCACAGACCCACAGAACAUGAGCCAGUACAAUGACCCGAUGUACGGCCAGCAGACGGACAAUCCCGCCGCUGGCUUCGGCGUGCCUGGUCGGGUAGCCUCCCCGUACAGCCGGAGCGAAACCUCCUCCACAGACGCAUGGCGACGGAGGCAAGCUCCCCAAGGAAACCUCCGCCGCUACGCUACCAGAAAGGUCAAGCUCGUCCAGGGCUCUGUCUUGAGCGUGGACUACCCCGUGCCCAGUGCCAUUCAGAAUGCGGUCCAGGCAAAGUACCGCAACGACCUCGAAGGAGGAAGCGAGGAAUUUACGCACAUGAGAUAUACCGCUGCUACCUGCGAUCCUAACGACUUCACCCUGCACAAUGGCUACAACCUUCGUCCUGCUAUGUACAACCGCCACACCGAGCUCCUGAUCGCAAUUACGUACUACAAUGAAGACAAAAUGUUGACUUCUCGUACCCUGCACGGCGUUAUGCAAAACAUUCGCGACAUCGUGAAUAUCAAAAAAUCCGAAUUCUGGAAUAAAGGUGGUCCCGCCUGGCAAAAGAUCGUUGUCGCUUUGAUCUUCGACGGUAUCGACCCUUGCGACAAAGACGUGCUAGAUGUUCUUGCUACGAUCGGUGUUUAUCAAGAUGGCGUCAUGAAACGUGAUGUUGACGGGAAGGAGACCGUUGCCCAUAUUUUCGAAUACACCACACAAUUAUCCGUCACCGCAAACCAGCAGCUCAUCCGUCCCCAUGAUGAUGGCCCGUCGACUCUCCCACCCGUCCAGAUGAUGUUUUGCUUGAAGCAGAAGAAUAGCAAAAAGAUCAACUCUCACAGAUGGCUCUUUAAUGCGUUUGGUAGGAUUCUCAACCCCGAGAUUUGUAUUCUCUUGGACGCUGGUACGAAGCCUGGUUCGAAGUCCUUGCUCGCUCUUUGGGAAGCUUUUUACAACGACAAGGACUUGGGUGGAUCUUGCGGUGAGAUUCACGCCAUGUUGGGUAAGGGAUGGACAAAAUUGAUCAAUCCGCUCGUCGCUGCCCAAAACUUUGAAUACAAGAUCAGUAACAUCCUCGAUAAACCCUUGGAGAGUUCCUUUGGAUAUGUCAGUGUCUUACCCGGUGCUUUCUCUGCAUACCGAUUCAGAGCUAUCAUGGGUAGACCCCUUGAGCAAUAUUUCCACGGUGACCACACUCUUUCCAAGCAGCUUGGUCCCAAGGGUAUUGAGGGUAUGAACAUCUUCAAGAAAAACAUGUUCUUGGCUGAAGAUCGUAUUCUCUGCUUCGAGUUGGUGGCCAAGGCUGGAUCUAAAUGGCACUUGACCUACGUCAAAGCUUCCAAGGGUGAAACUGACGUGCCCGAGGGUGCUCCGGAAUUCAUCUCCCAGCGUCGACGUUGGCUGAACGGUUCCUUUGCCGCCAGUAUCUACGCCCUCAUGCACUUUGGUAGAAUGUAUAAGAGCGGACAUAACAUCCUCCGCAUGUUCUUCUUCCACAUUCAAAUGCUUUACAACACGUUUACGGUUUUUUUGACUUGGUUCGCUCUGGCUGCUUACUGGCUUACCACUUCUGUUAUCAUGGAUCUCGUUGGUAACCCUAAUCAAGAGGGUCAGAGAGCCUUCCCCUUCGGAAACAAAGUUACUCCCAUCCUCAACACGGUUCUCAAAUAUCUAUACCUUGGUUUCCUCCUACUGCAGUUCAUCCUCGCCCUAGGUAACAGGCCAAAAGGGUCUAAACACUCGUACAUCACGUCGUUUAUCCUCUUCGGUCUUGUUCAGCUGUACAUUGUCAUCCUCUCAAUGUACUUGGUCGUUCGGGCGUUCUCUGGAAGCGUAGAUUUCGAAACCGACAAAGGCGUGGACGGUUUCCUGAAGUCUUUCUUCGGCUCCGACAGUGCGGGUAUCAUUGUUAUCGCUCUUGCAGCAACUUUUGGUCUCUACUUCGUUGCCUCGUUUAUGUACAUGGACCCAUGGCACAUGUUCACAUCCUUCCCGGCCUAUCUGCUCAUCAUGUCCUCGUACAUUAACAUCCUCAUGGUGUACGCUUUCAGCAACUGGCAUGAUGUUUCUUGGGGUACCAAGGGUUCAGAUAAGGCAGAUGCAUUGCCGUCCGCACAAACGACGAAAGAAGAUGGUGGCAAAGCUGCCGUUAUCGAAGAAAUCGAUAAACCACAAGCUGACAUCGACAGUCAGUUCGAGGCAACUGUGAAACGAGCUCUUACUCCCUUCGUUGAACCAAAGGUCGAUGAAAAGAAAUCUUUGGAGGAUUCUUAUAAGAGCUUCCGUACUCGACUAGUAGCUUCAUGGAUUUUCUCAAAUGCUUUGCUCGCUGUGCUAAUUACAAGCGACAGCGUUAAUAAGCUUGGUUUUACAUCCCAAGCCACAGAUCGAACCGCCAAUUUCUUCCGAGCUCUUUUGUGGGCUACGGCCGCUUUGUCUUUGAUCCGUUUCAUCGGAGCCUGUUGGUUCUUGGGCAAAUCAGGCAUUAUGUGCUGUUUCGCCAGAAGAUAGUCAAGGUGGCUUCAUCUUUCGGACUCUCUUUUGUUUUACGACCUGUGUUCUUUCAGCCUGGAAAAUUGACGCCAGUAAUCUGCUUUCCCGCCCUGACAUGAUGAUAUUCCCUACACAAAAUAUGGUCCUGUUCAAUAUCCACCAAUAUUCUGCCAUGCCCCUUUUUCUUAUUUGUUUCACUGGUAACUAUUUGUGCCUGUAUUCUAUUUUAGAUGAUGGGUUAUCCUUUCUCUUUGUCUCUGCUAUUCCUGCUCAUUACUCUGGGAUUUCCCAAAGUCUAGGUAAUGUUGGUAGCUUCAUAUCUUUUUGCUUUCCCUUCCAGAUAACCCUGUUUCCACGCAUUAAUGUUUUGACUUUUGCUUACUAUACCUUGGGCUACUUGGUUCCCCUAUAUUACCCAAUGUCUGUGGCAUGUUCUAUGAGACCCCAUGGCAAUGUGAGUUCCAGACAGAGUGUUU